GCCGAGCAUUCAUCCUCAGCAAGUCCUCGCCGAACCAUGCCCACCAGCGAGCGCUUGGAGUUCUUUUAUCAAGUCGUCAGCAGCAUCAUUCUGUCGAAACAGAAUGCUGCGACCGGCCUGAUCCCGGCCUCUGUGGCCAUAACCACCCAUGGCGAUUAUCGCGAUGCCUGGGUCAGAGAUAACGUCUACUCGAUCUACGCCGUGUGGGGUCUCGCGCUGGCUUAUCGCCGCAUCGAUGACGACCAGGGCCGUGCAUACCAACUUGAGCACGCCACCAUCAAGUGCAUGCGUGGUCUCCUGUAUGCCAUGAUCCGCCAGGCACACAAGGUCGAGCUCUUCAAGAAUACUCAGUCGGUCAAUGACGCUCUCCAUGCCAAAUACAACACCGCCACAGGCGACACCGUCGUCGGCGACCACGAAUGGGGCCAUUUGCAGAUCGACGCCACCAGCAUUUUCCUUCUCUCCCUCGCCCAGAUGACGGCGAGCGGUCUGCAGAUCAUAUUUACCAUGGAUGAGGUUCAUUUUGUGCAGAACCUGGCCUUCUAUAUCGAGCGAGCAUACAGAACCCCAGACUAUGGAAUCUGGGAACGCGGCAACAAAAUCAACCACGGCACACCCGAGCUCAACUCCUCCAGUAUCGGAAUGGCUGUCGCUGCUCUCCAGGCCAUCAAUAAUCUCAACCUGUUUGGCUCGCGCGGUGGGCCUGCUUCGGUUAUCCACUCGCUCCCGGAUGAGUUCACGCGUAACUACACGACGCUCUGUUCGGCGCUGCCGCGAGAAUCCAACUCGAAGGAGAUCGAUGCUGCAAUCCUCUCGGUUAUCUCUUUCCCUGCCUUUGCCGUCGCCGACCAAAAGCUGGUCGACCACACUCGCAGCGAAAUCGUCAAGAAGCUCCAGGGCCGCUAUGGUUUGAAGCGCUUCUUGAGAGAUGGCCACCAGACCGUUCUUGAAGACAAGACUCGACUCCAUUACGAUCCCCAUGAGCUCAAGAUAUUUGAAAACAUCGAAUGCGAAUGGCCGCUGUUCUUCACCUAUCUGAUUCUGGAUGCCCAGUUCCGCGAGGACCAAGCCGCCGUCGAGGAGUACCGCCGUUUGCUCCAGCCCCUUCUGGUCGACAGCUCGACUUUGGAGACCUUUUCUCCCGGCGAAACGCCAGGGUCACCAUACCAGCGCCGCCCGCGCAUGCUCCUCGUCCCGGAACUCUACAUUGUUCCGAAGGAGGCCGUGGAUGCCGAAAAGAACGAGCCCGGCUCUCAAGAACGCGUACCCAACGAGAACCUGCCUCUCGUCUGGGCACAGAGCCUCUAUAUCCUGGGAGAGCUGAUUCAUGAGAAUUUGCUUUCACCCGCUGAGCUGGAUCCGCUGGGCCGCCGAUUCCUCCCGAGCCGAUCCAAGAACAAGUCUGAUGUCGUCGUGCAGGUGGUGCUGAUUGCCGAGACGCUCGAGCUUCAGGCGACGCUUUCAACUUAUGGUCUGGAGACCCAAACGGUUGAAUCGUGCGCUCCCAUCGUCAUCUCGCCUCCGUCAGCCCUUCGAGAUGCAUUCACUGCUCUGGGCGAGAACUCCAAGCUGCAACUCAGCGGACGCCCAAAGCGACCCAUGGGCUCCCUCAGCACCUCCAAGCUCUAUCGCUGCCAAGGGCGCAUAUACGCCUUCCUCCCCCAUUUCAUGGAUCGAGAAGAAUUCUACCUCGUCAGCGACUACAACUACCUGAUCAGCGUCUUUGAACAGGAGCUCAAGUUUGUCCAGAACAACUGGUGGGGGGCAGGGCGCCCGACCAUGGUGGUGAUGCUCACGCACGAGAUGCUUGGCAAUUUGGGCCCGACGCCUUCCGAGAUCAGCGGCAUCCGUUCUGGAGCCCCGCCGGGCAAUCAUGGCCACUGGCGCGUCGGAGGCCGUCACGAUAAGCGCAAUCUCUUGAACUUUAUGAUGUCGCUGCGCUCUGGCUCGUGUGCUGGCGUCCGGACCCGCCUGGGCCCGCUCUCAGAGAUGAUCAACACGGCUCGGAUUGAGUCGUUGGACUUUCUCAAGGGCGACAACAGCACCUACGACAGCAAAUGGCACCACAUCCUCUGCGGCAAGCCCCAUCCCCAGAGCGACAUCCGCCGACUCCCUCUCUCGGAACAGGCAACUCACCAGAGCAGCGUCGAGAACUGGCACACAAAGUCUCCGGGAAGAAGAAGCGUGCGCCGACACAGCGGCGAGUUUCACCCGUCCAGCUUCCCGACAAAGUCGCCGCUCACCUCACCCUUCUACCGAGAGGAGCCCCUGCAUAUGUUGUACGACGAGUCCGGUGCGCCCGAGUCGUUCAAGCUCCGCGACCCAGUCUACAAUUCUCCCACCAAGCUUGAGAUGGGGCUGGCCUGUGCCGCCCCGCCGGCAUCGUCCCUGGUCGAGACUCCGAGCACGGGCGAUGGUGAACCAGCUGUCGCCAAUCCUAUUGCGCAGACGGACUCUGGUCAAGCUACUGCGCCGCAGGAUGCCGCCGUUGAUGGCAUCUCCAGCGACUUGCUGACCCUGACCCUGGGCGAUCCUUCGCAGUUUGACAACUCGGUCAAGCUGCUUCGAAACUCGGCCAACCUCUACGACCAGAUUGAUUUGCUGCACUACCUGCAUUCAUGCAAAGGGAGCGACCAUGUUCUUGAGGACCUGGGCACCGUGCGCUCGCUCAUCGAGGAGGUCUACCAAAAGGCCAUGCACAUGAAGCAGUGGAGCAUUGUCCGCCAAGCGGCCGGCUUGCUGAAUAAGACAGUCAACUCGCUGACAGUCAAUGUGGCCGAUUUGCUCAUUCGCCAGCGGCCCGUGACCGUUGGCUUCGGCCCGAAUGAGCACCCGAUUGCCAAUCCGCAAAGCCCGAUCAUCCUCUCUGAAGUGAUCUACAAGAACUGCGCGAGCGAUGUCCGCGAGGCGCCUCUUGUCCAGGAGGUCCUGACGUACCUGGGCUCGUUCAUUCGAAGCCAGCCGUCGCUGUUUGAAGGAAUCAUGCGCAUUCGCGUGCACUACGUCAUCAUCGCCCUUCGCGAGGAAAUCUCGCGCAUGAAGGGAUGUGACGAAGAGAUGGCCGUGGAGCAUCUCAUGCAGCUGAGCCCCUUCGAGAUGAAGUCGCUGCUGGGACAGGUGCUCAGCGCCUGCGAGCAAACUGGCAGCAUUGUCCGCGAGGGUCCAACUUCGGCGGUUUCCAAGAGCAUCCAAGUUCAGGCGUCGCGAGUCAGUGUCCCCAGCAAUCUGAAGCUGUCAUCCAGUGGCGUGCCCCUCCCAAGCCUCUUGACGAUCACUGCCGAGAGUGCUGGAUUCUCGGCGGGCCAUUCUUCGCGCAUCCGCAUCACCUUGGACGGCCAGGAACAGAGCAUCCCUGGACUUUUGGGCCGGGGCUUGAACGUCAUUGUGCUGGAUCCGCUCGACGGCACGAUUCUCGAAACCGCCAACUUUGACACCCACAUCUCGCCAUCCGAGUCGGAUGAGUUUGCGGAGAUGGUUGAGUUUAUGGAGCCUGGGCUGAUCGUCGUUGUGUUGGCAAACGACGACUGCCAAGGCAACCUGACCGAGGCUGCCAUUGUUGCUUGCGAAGCCCUCGGGGCAACCCAGAUCCGGACCGUCAGCUACCGGGACUCGUACUGCCUCAUUGGAGAGAAGGGCCCCGAGAGGGGUGCUGCGGUCGAAAGCCACCAAGAGGCCGACAACCGUGCCGUCGCAGUGCUCAACAAGGUGUAUGAUCUCGUGGCCCGCCGCAAGAAGGUCAUGAACUCGAUCGGAUCGCAGAACUUUACAACGUCUUAUCUCAGCUCCAUGAUGAUGCCCAGCAACGGCAAGUGGCUGCGGCGCAGAAAGAACGACGGGGCCCUCAACCGCGUGCCCCCUGGCUUCUAUCCCAAAGUGUGGGGGCUGCUGAGCAAGUGUCAGGGCAUCUUGAUCGGCAAGGAGUUCCUCCCACGCGACCCCACCGUCAGCGAGAAGACGCCCGAGGAAUUCAACUUUGGCCUCCAAGUCGAGUCCCUGCUCGACCACAUCCCGGACCCUGCCGAACGACAAAUUGCGGUCGAGUGCGUCACCGUCAUCCACCGCAUCGGCGACCGCAAUCCCGAGAUCCAGAUCAAGCCCGAUGCCCUUGACCUCAUGAAGGUAGUUCGGGCAGCGAUCCAAAACUACUGGCAAGAUUGGGCCAAGAAGAGCCCCAAUCUCGAGGCCAUGUCGGCGUUCACCGAUGCCGUCGACGAUAUUCAAGAGUGCAACGACCUCCACUGCCCACGCCCCAGCGCCAUCGCUCAGAGCAGCGAGGCCAAGGGCAAUGGCGCCCCCGGACAGCCCCCACGCCGCUCCUCGCCUCCGCUGGAGAAGAUGAAGGAGGGCGCCAAAAUGCAGAUCUCGCCCGAUCUCACCUUUGAGCGCAACGAGCGCCUGGCCCGCCGCCUCUUCUUUGACCUCCCGCAAGACGGCAAGGACGGCACCAUGGCCUAUCUGGCAACGAGCUGCGUGCGCUUGCUCUUUGAUGUCAAGUGGUCGUCGGAGCACUGAGCGCAAGCUGUGGAGAUUUGGUGCGGCGCCUUGUUCGUGGCGAUUCGGCCUGGACCACGAUACGACAGCGAUGGCCGCAAAGCGGUGAAAGCAGUCCGGCCUUGAAUUAGCUGCAGCACUUGGCUUGGCUUUAGUCGCUGUCGAUGUGGUGGGGUGUUUCUUCCUUUUCUCUUCCUGACUAGCUUGCGCAGUACCAGUUUGAUAUCUGUGCUGUUGAGUGAACAAGCAAUGGCUCAACACGAUCACUGCUUGAGCAUGUGCAAGUGCCAUCCAUAUCGGCGACGGCGAGCGGGCUAAGCUGAUAGGUGCCGCAGUUUCCGGCCAGAGCGAUGGAGGAUCGAGGCUGGAGCACGGCCCAGAAUCACCCGGUGUCUGCAAAUAUUACUCGGCUUCAUCCACACUGCCUACGGAUUCGGGAUUGCCGCGAUGCGACGCUGCAGACGGAUAUAU